AUGAACUACUUUGCAUCCAAAUCGGAUCCAGAAUGGAGCACACCAAAACUCAAAGCAGGCGACACUGCAUCCAGACUGCGCCCGCUCGAGAUCCCCCUGCCGUCCCUCCCCAAGCGCUACCGAAGCGGCGACGGCCCACAGCCAACGGCACCGAUCAGUAUGGUCCUCAAGAACGACUCGACAGCCCAGAUAUUUGAGAAACGUGUGUUAGGCGGGCCACCAAAAAAUGGCGAGCUGAGCUUACAGAUGCACUACGUCGUGGGGUGGUCCGACCUUCCUGCUGCUCGGGUAGCGAUUCAAGCUCAGCACAUACUCGACUAUGUCUCCCCACGCGUGCUCGAGGACUUCGAGUACAAGCUAUACCUCGAACGUGAAGCACGGGAGGAGGAGGAAGAGGUGGCAGCUGCUAUAGCGGCCGUCGCUCGGGCAGAGGCCGCCGAGAAAGCUGCCCUUGGGAAGAAGUCUACAAGCAAGGCGUCAGCCACAAAAGGCAAGGGACGAGGCCGCAAGAAGCAACAACGCCCUAGCAAGGCGGAUCUGAUUGCAAAGAAGCAGGCCGAGGAGACGAGCUUCAAUCAGUCCGAGGCGGCGGCCAUGAGUGGCUCCUUGGCCGCUGCGACUCACAACGCCAGUGGCCCUUCUCUGACAGCACCGCCACAAUCGACACCGAAAAAGAAGAAUGUCCCUACAAGCAUAGUCAUCGCUAACUCCGAAGAUGAUGCAUUUAUGGAGGAGGUGGAAGGAGAGGACGAAAUGGAACUUGACGACGAGGUUGCCAUCCACAGACAGCUGCGACAGACAAGCACAAGGAGCCCGGAAGGCUUCGGUUCUUCUGACAGCGAGGCCGCGAUCACCGCUCCCCGAUUGCCAGCAGCACUUGACGCGGGUGGUAUGCAGAAAGAGCAGCCAUCAUCCAGGAAAAUAUCUCCACUCUCUUUUGGUGGACUGCCGAAACUCGCCCGUGAGCCCUCGCCCUCGGCGGAAGCGAGCACCCCAGUACCGCAACCAAGGUCUGCCAAAUCAACAUUGCAACACUACGGCUUCACGCCCGCGGCGAAGAGCGUUAUCUUGUGGCCUGUAGCAUCACGCUCCCAGACUCAGCCCUUACCACAAUCUCCGGGUUUAGCAGUCUCGUCCCGUGCCACGCCUCCAUCCAAGACGGAUAUCAAACCACCUCGGAGCAAAAGCAAGAAGAAAGCAAUCAUAGUCGAGCAAGAAGAAGAAGAACAGGUAUGGGAGGUCAAACGACUUGAAGGCAUGCGGACGGAAUUGGUGGAUGGCAAGCCAGUUCGGCUGUUCAGAGUUCGCUGGAAAGGCGACUGGCCCCCAGACCAGAAUCCGACCUGGGAGCCCGAAGACAACAUCGACAAGCCCUUGAUAAAGGAGUACCUGGCGAGAAAGAGAGCUUCGGGAGCCGAGGAACCUCCAGUCAUCUUGCGACCUGCCCGACCCAUGCUCAAGCGGAAAUAUUCGAGCGUCGCUGAGGCAGUCAUGGGCGACGUCGAUGAUGAGCAUGAGCAUCACUCUCCUGUACCGCCGGGCGCGUCCCCAAUCUUCACUUCCAGUGCUGCGAUGGGCCAGGAUCACAACAGUGGGCAAAAACAUAUCGAUCUGCACGACGACAGUUCUGUGAAUGAUGAAGACGAUAUCUUGCAAGUCACCGAGGCGGAGUUAGAACACGUCGAGACGCCAUACCACAGCAAGAACUUCAGCCACGCCCUCAUUAGAGAGGUAGAGACCUCCUUUAUGAGACAGGCUGCGAGGCGGAGUAGUGAAAGAAGCAGUAGCUGA